AUGUUACUCAGCAUUAUUUCAAUACUAGUUCUUUUAAGAAUCGUCAAUGGUUUCUAUCUACCAGGUGUAGCGCCAAUUACCUACCACACUGGGGACAAAAUUCCAUUACUCGUAAACCAUCUCACAAGAACAAGGCCGCAUGGAAAUCCAGAUAAAAAAGGUCAUUCUGCAGAUUACAAACUAAACUAUGUGUACUCUUUUGAUUAUUACUAUGAAAAGCUUCAUUUCUGUAAACCUGAAAAGAUUGAAAAACAACCAGAAUCUUUAGGAUCGGUUAUAUUUGGUGAUCGGUUGUACAAUUCUCCAUUUUCAAUAUCGAUGUUAAAGGACGAGACAUGUGUAAAAUUGUGUGAUACCAAGAUUCCCGGUGAAGAUGCGAAAUUCGUUAACGAUUUAAUUAGAAACAGUUUCUUUUACAAUAUGUUGGUGGAUGGUUUACCUGCUGGUAGAAAAAUCCAUGAUGAGAAAACUAAAACGGAUUUCUAUGGUACUGGCUUUGAGCUAGGAUUUCUCGAUUUUGGUGACACGGAACCUACUGAGAAGGUUGGGCCGCAGAAAAGGAAAAACGUAUCACUUAAGGACCCCAUAGGUUUGAGAACAUAUCUUGUGAACCAUUUCAAUAUUGAAAUCGAAUACCAUGAUCGUGGGAAUGACGACUACCGUGUUGUGGGAGUUACUGUUCACCCGGAAUCCUUGAGCGGUCCGGAAAGAGACAGUUGUAAGUCUAUAGAAAUGCUUUCUCUUGAUGAGGAAUCUGAAAAUGAGGUUACAUUUACUUACUCUGUUAGCUUCAAACCCAGUGACGUUCCUUGGGCUACAAGAUGGGGGAAGUAUCUCCACGUCUAUGACCCUAAGGUGCAAUGGUACUCAUUGAUUAACUUCAGUAUUAUUGUUGUGGUGUUGUCCUGUAUGAUGGUGCACUCUUUAUUCCGUGCCUUGCAUCACGAUUUGGCUCGUUACAACGAGUUCAAUUUGGAAAAUGAGUUCCAGGAGGAAUACGGUUGGAAAUUAGUUCACUCUGAAGUUUUCCGUGCACCUGUAAGACCUAUGUUACUAUCAAUAUGCGUCGGAUCUGGUGCCCAACUAUUUCUGAUGGCUGGAUGUACUAUUUUUAUUGCAUUAUUAGGUUUAUUAUCUCCAAGUGCAAGAGGCUCUUUGGGUACUGCUAUGUUUCUACUAUACGCUAUUUUUGGAGGUCUAGGUUCUUAUACUUCGAUGGCUACCUACAAGUUCUGUGGAGGUCAACUGUGGAAGGUGAAUAUGCUUUUCACCCCGUUGCUGGUACCAAUGUUCCUUUUCACCACCAUGAUUGUUAUGAAUUUCUUCCUAAUGUCUGUUCACUCCUCUGGAGCAAUCCCAUUCGGGACAAUCGUCGCUAUGUUCUUCUUAUGGUCCAUACUCUCUAUUCCAAUCUCUUUCCUUGGUUCAAUAAUUGCCUGGAAAAAGAAUAAAUGGGAUGAACAUCCAACCAAAACUAACCAGAUCGCUAGACAAAUUCCAACCCAGCCAUGGUACCUCAGGAUGUGGCCUGCAACCUUUAUUGCUGGUAUCUUCCCAUUUGGUUCCAUCGCAGUUGAAUUGUACUUUAUUUACUCUUCAAUAUGGUACAAUAUGGUCUACUAUAUGUUCGGCUUCCUAUUUUUCACCUUUAUUCUACUCACUCUGACAACUGCGUUGGUAACCGUCCUACUGACUUACUACUCGCUAUGUAUGGAAGACUGGAGAUGGCAGUGGAGGUCAUUCAUAAUUGGUGGUUUCGGUUGUUCAGUUUACAUUUUUAUCCACUCAAUCUUAUUUACCAAGUUCAGAUUGGGUGGGUUUGUAACAAUUGUUUUGUACGUGGGGUACUCAUUCACUAUAAGUGUCAUAAGCUGCUUGGUCACCGGUUCAAUCGGUUAUUUAAGCAGUCUAAUUUUCGUUAGAAAAAUUUACUCUAAUGUGAAGGUGGAUUAG